AUGUCAGUUGAUAACGUUGUAAAGGUUGCAAACAUAUCUUCACUCGUAACUGAACCGAUACUGAAACAGUUGUUUGAGUUCCUAGGUGAUGUUACAAAAAUAAAAUUAUAUAACAGUCCUCAUGGUGAUGGCGUGCAAGAAUGUACAAUAGAGUUCAAGGAAGCAUAUUCAGCAAUAACAGCUCUCCAUUUAACUGGAGUGGAAUUGGGUGAUCGCACCUUGAUGGUGUCGUCAACGACUGCUCCUUCUGGCAUUCCUUUUAAUAGUUCAUACCAACAACAAAUCAUAUCAUCACAGAUGCUUCCACAAAAUCUCUCACCACCUAGGUCACUUCAAUCCAAAUCAGCUCAAAAACCUUUGGUCACACCCAUUACCGUACAACCGUUCUCUAUAAAUUCUCUUGCA